AUGUCGUCUUUUGCAAGAUUAACCAUGCAAAUCUGGCAUAUGGAGCCGUACCCAUGCGGAGAUCGCAGGCUACCGCAUCAUGUGUUCCCACCAAAGAAGAUCAGCCCCGAUCAACUGCUUACGCUCACUGGAGUGGUCUACUACAAGGUAGAUUUGGACGACACGGUGGCGAUGAAAAAGCGGCUUUCACGAGUGAAAAACGAGAGAAAAGUGGUUUCGUCCGAUGUUCUCACCAUCAACGACACAACGCCAGAUUUUAACGAAAAGCUAGAGGAUUACUACGAGCCAACGAGGAAAUCGCAGGACGUGGUAUCGAUGGUCCUGGAGGGCACCUGCUAUUACGACGUGGAACCUGAGGAGGAUGAAUGGAUCCGAAUUCAGCUCGAACGAGGCGAUCUGAUUGUGAUUCCAAAAGGUGUUUCACACCGCUUCACUGUCACUCCACAGAAUUUCGUGCAGAUACAGCGUUUCUUCCCCAAGAAGCCAGAUGAUGUGCAGGGAUGA